UCAACGAAACUAUGCAAGUCUUGAAAACAAUGCUGCAGAUGUUCUGAAAAAGAAUAUUUCAAAUGAAGUUAAAUUCACAACUGAUGCGUAUUCAUAUUUAAAAAGGAAUCCGAAUUUUAAGAUUCUUUCUCAAGAUGAUAUUUCAUAUUUUAAAUCAAUUCUACCAUCAAAUGGAUUAAUAAUUGAAAAUGAUAAUAAUUACGAUGAUCUAAUGCCUUACAACAUCGAUUGGUUGAGAAUACACAGGGGUAAAUCCAAAUUAGUUGCAAAGCCUAAAACUACUGAGCAAGUUUCCAAUAUAGUUAAAUACUGUAAUGAGAAAAAACUGGCGAUUGUGCCCCAGGGUGGAAAUACUGGUCUAGUUGGUGGCGGCACACCGAUAUUUGAUGAAAUUAUUAUUAGCACCAAGAAUUUAAAUCAAAUACGAGACUUUGAUCCCAUUUCCGGUACUCUUACAUGUGAUUCAGGGUGCAUUCUUGAGAUCCUCGACAACUAUCUCGCAGAAAGAGAACAUAUGAUGCCCUUAGAUAUAGGUUCCAAGGGGAGCUGUCAUAUUGGUGGAAAUGUUGCUACAAACGCUGGUGGGGUUAGAUACUUGAGAUAUGGUUCCCUACAUGGCUCUAUACUGGGAUUAGAAGUGGUACUUCCUGAUGGGACUAUAUUAAAUAAUCUUUCAACCCUCCGUAAAGACAAUACCGGUUAUGACAUUAAACAGCUCUUUAUUGGUUCGGAGGGCACUUUAGGAAUCAUUACAGGUGUUUCAAUUUUGACACCAAGGCGUCACAAGGCAGUUAAUGUUGCUGUACUUGGUCUAAAAUCCUUUAAAAAUGUCCAAGAUGCAUUUAUUGCAUCAAAAGAAAUAUUGACAGAAAUUUUAUCUGCAUUCGAGUUUUGGGAUGUUCUGUCGCUUAAGUUAGUAAAAACGCAUCUAGCACAGGGUACAAAUUUUCCUUUAGGGGAUGAAUAUCCUUUUUAUGCAUUAAUAGAAACUGGUGGUUCCAAUAAGGAUCAUGAUGAAGAAAAACUCUCCGAUUUCUUGGAAACUGUCAUGGCAAAAGGAAUCGUUGAGAAUGGCGUUAUAGCUCAAGACAAUACACAAAUGAAAAAUCUCUGGUCAAUACGGGAAGGAAUUCCUGAUGCUUGCAUGAAGGUUGGCUCUGCUUACUUUUAUGAUAUAUCUAUACCAAUCUCGGUGAUGUACGAGAUUGUUGAAGAUGUUACUAGUCGAUUAAAAGAUGCAGGCUUAUUUGGUAAUAAUGUAGUGGAUGUUAUCGGAUUUGGACACAUCGGGGAUGGUAAUUUGCAUUUGUCGAUCACUUCCAAAUCAUAUUCUCUAGAAAUCAUUAGGCUGAUUGAAUCAUGUAUUCGUGAAUGGACAGAUCAAUACAAAGGGUCUUUAUCAGCAGAACAUGGUUUAGGUCUAAUAAAAGCAAAAAUAUUAGAACAUUCUAAGCCAAAAGCGAUGGUAGACAUUAUGAGAAAAAUAAAACAUAAUAUUGAUCCAAAUGGUAUUAUGAACCCUUAUAAAUUCUUCCCUUACCAAUAA